CUGGUGUUCUCCACAACUAUAAAUAUAUUAUAUUUGUGCAUAAAGUCAAAACUUGAGGAGCUAAGUCCGUCGUAGCUAUAAAGUUGGAUUAGUUUGAUUUCUGUCUAGAUCACAGUGAGCAAGAUCCGGACUCCGGGAAGUAAAUGUAAACUUUAUUUCUUCCACGGAACCUAAAUCUAAACCUCCAGUUUAAACCUUGUCCUCCGUGAAAACACACCCUCUACCCUCAAUCCUUAACCCUGAUCCAUGAUUCAUGGUCCAUGUUCCCUAAACCCUGAUCCUUGAUCGGCCAGAACACGUAAAUUCUACAUUACAAGGGGAACCUAUUGGUUUGAGUUAAUAGGGGAAAUUAGUUUUGAAUGGAAAGGAUUCAAGUAUUUAAGUGUUUAGGUUCAAAUAUUAAAAAAAAUGUUUCUGAUAUCAUACAAAAGUGAAAGAAAAUAUCUUGAGAUACAUUAUUCCAUAAAAAGAAUCUAGCUAAAGACAUCUUGAAAACAGAAGUGACAAAACUAGUCUUUAUAAUUCUCGUCAUUUUUAAAUCGAUCAAGUUUUGGAUAUCAUAAUAAGAAAAGUGACAAAACAGAAAGAAAAGGGAGAAAAAUAUUCUGAAGUUUUAAAGUUCUGUAUAAUAACUCAGUCGUAAAAGUAAUAAAACAAUAAUCUUAACUUCUUCAAGUUGUAAAAAAAUGUUUGGUUUUGAGUCUGAUAAACAAUAUUUUAGAAGAAAACUUAUUUAUCUAGAUUAGGCCUAGUUUAGUAUCCAAGCAAAUAUAUUUUGUAUGGUCUGGAGAUCUAAGAGAGAAAAGCUGCAAGCUCCAACUCUGCCAGGAAGGUUUUGUCUCCGAUAAACUGCAAAAAAAAAAACAUUGUCUCCGUCAGCUCCGGGUUCAGCAGCUAAGAUGAGUUCUCAGAUUGAUUCAGAAUCUGACUCCCGGAAGUCCUCCAUUGUAUCUUCAUCUGUAUCUAUCCGUUCAACAAAACUAGACAAGUUGGAGAUGACAGUACAAGAGCUGAAGAAAACUGUAGACCAGAGAAAACAUGAAGCAGAAUCCCUGGCGAUGGAGUUGGAUCAUAUGGAGAGAACAGUUCAGGAGUUUAAUAACAAGGAUUCAAUCUCAACUACUCCACAGGGUGUUAAACCCAAGGAGGAUAAAGAGAAGGAUACCCUUGUGUUCCACGGGAUUGAGAAGGACGUGAUGGAGGAGGAGGUUGGAGAGGAUCCAGAGGUUAACAAGAACUUCCUGGAGCACAAUAUCAAACGUCUGCUCCGGACAGUUUGGGGAGUAGAGACGGACGGAACAUUUACUCAUGUGUACAGGUGGACCUCUGGACCUAAAGUUCGUGGUUUGGAUCCUAUAGUUGUUGUAUUUGCGGAGAAAAAAGACAAGGAUCAGGUUUGGUUAAAGAUACGAGACAGUAAUACUAACACUGAUCUUGCAGUUACUCAGGAUUCAAGUAUUAGAAGAGUUGGAUAUAAACCUAACAGUACCGUAGCUAAGGCAGGGUUGCGGGGAAGAUCACCAGUUAAACCUAUUGGAAAACCUACUCUUCCGUCUUCAAAAGACAAGAAACCUGUCAGAAAGACAGUUUCUCCAACUAAAGCUCGGCGUCCUAGUAAAUCUGUUCAAAGGAAGGAUGUUUCUCCGGAGAAGAAAAUGAGGAAUGAAGUUCCAGUUCGCGACGAGUCUAUUAAAACUGGUUCAACCAAACCAAAAGCUGAGAAUGAGGAGAAGGAUGAGCACAGUGUUUAUGGAUCUCUAGAUCCUGAUUAUACUUUACUAAUCCACGGAAUAGAAUCUGAUUGGAUCGAGGAGGAGAUGGCUGAUGAUGAUGAUUUUAGGAAAGAUGUUUUGGAACAGAAGGUGAAGAAAAUUAUUCAAGAAAUAGGAAUCACAAAAAAGAUUGUUUUCAAGGAUUUAUAUCGGUGGGUAGAAGGGCCUCCUCACCUUGACGUUCCUCCAGUUCUUAUGCAUUUCAAGGAUAAAAAGGAUAGGUUAGAAGUUUACUCCGUAUGCAAGGAAGGAUUGAAGAAAACCGGUCUUGUAAUCACAGAAGACUCAAGGUCUCGACUAGCUGGCAAGAAACCAAAAGAGGUCUCAACAAAAUUAAACUUUAACUCUUUCCUGGAGCAUUAUAAAUCUUACCCAACAGCUCAACUACUUUACAAUAAGAUGGUUCGUCUACUCUAAACAUUAUAAAUCCUACCCAACAGCUCAACUACUUUACAAUAAGAUGGUUCGUCUACUCUAAACAAUAUAAAUCCUACCCAACAGCUCAACUACUCUAUAAUAAGAUGGUUCGUCUACUCUAAACAUUAUAAAUCCUACCCAACAGCUCAACUACUCUACAAUAAGAUGGUUCUUCUACUCUAAACAAUAUAAAUCCUACCCAACAGCUCAACUGCUCUACAAUAAGAUGGUCAAGUAUUUGCUGCGAAGCAUAUUGAAUGUCGUCGAAGCAGUGAGAAGAAACGAAUCCUGGAG